AUGCCAUCGUUACAGCUUUCAACUAGACGGAAUAGGACAAUCAGCUGGGUGGACCAACUUUCAACCCGACCCACACUGUCACCGUCGCCGUCAUCCGAAGUCAACUUUGGAGGAGCGCAAACAACGCACGGCUCCGAGAUCGCACCAUUGUUUGCGCAAGAAGACUCAGACAGUGACCCUAGCAGCUCAACGCUUUCCCUCAACUCGCCUUUCUCUUCUGACCUCCAUCUUGCCAUACAAUCUCUCACACCCCAAACCACAAUCGCUGAUCAAUAG